AUGGCGUAUACCAUCCAGCAAGUCGAUCUUGACGACGCCGAAGUCAUCACGGACAUCUUCCGACAAGCCUUCGCUGAUGAUCAUAUCAUGAGCCAUAUUCACUCUAAUGUCCCGGAAGACAUACAAUGGGAGCAUGACCUCCAAUACUUCAAAACCAUCUUAUCGCAGGGCGGAACCUUCGGGGCACGUUGGUCCAAAGCUGUAGAGAGUACAACAGGCAAAGCCGUGGCGUUUGCUCGCUGGGUCUAUCCCAUCAAUCUCUCACCUGAGCUGGAGGAGAAGAAGGCUGCCGCAGCAAGAAUCCGCAGAGCACUUCCAGCGGGCUCGAAUAAAGCAUUGUCAGAUGAAUACUAUGACAACUUGUGGACAGGAAGAAAAAGAUGGUACGAUGAAAAGACCAUGUACUUUCUCCACAUUCUAUGUGUCCUGCCCUCACACCAGCAUCGUGGGCUGGGCUCUCUUUUCCUUGCAUCAGGAUUAGAAGCAGCAGAUGCAGCAGGCGCAAAAACGCAUGUGGAUCCCACACCAGCUGGGUACCCAAUGUAUGUGAAGUGGGGAUUCGAGGACGUGGAUAAAUUUUUCCUGGACAUGAGCCCACAUGGGGGCCACAAGAUUGAGGAACAGGUAGUCAUGGUGCGACAUCCGAAAGCUACGAAGGCUUGA